AUGAUUCCCCAAAUUGCUCACCAUCCUCGACAUCUAUCGCAGCAGUUCGGCAGCCCAGGAUUUGCAACCCCUCCCUUCGAACCUCUUCCAACCCCACGACGAGCGGAUCGGCUUGCGCCUCUUCCAUUUCGAGGCUCGAGAAACCUCACAAAUUCAACCCCGUUGGCACCGCCUCAGCGCGCAUACCCAGUUGAGAAUUAUGGCGCUCUGCGUCACAGUCUUGUGAGAGGCAGUGCGGCUGGUCAAGGCCUUGGUGGGCAGUAUGACGACCCCUCGGAGCACAUGCUUCGAAGGAAAACACCAAAUGGGACGCUCGCUGCUGGUUACGAUGGGACGCCAGUGCAGUGGUCCAGUAAGGCGCCGGCACUGAAACAUGUUGUGCUUCCUAUGUCAGUAACAGCUACGGGCCAGAAUGGCAGAUACUCCACUUCAGCAGAGGAUGAUCCCCGGAACCAACGAAGAUCUGGAGGCACAAGCUGGCAUCAACUGCAACAAGUAACUCAAAUGGGCGGAUACAAUGCCCCUGACGGAGGGAUGCGGAUGAAUGGUGAUCCUGUUAACUGGCCACAGCUUCCGCCCAUAUCCGAUCCUUCUCAGAAUGUUUGGGAUCAUAUUCGAACACACCCAGCCGCUACAUACUAUCCCAAUAAUGACAAUCAGAUCCCGACUGUCCUACAGCCGGCAUAUCUACCGUCACCCGGCCCAACCGCAUCGAACGGGGGGGGGUUUUACGGCCCAUACUGGCCUGAUGGAAAAUUCGUUCCCUAUCGGCCAGCGGCAAUUCGAGAACAGGGCCAUCACCACUCAAGCAAUACAUAUGAUUUCCCUCGAGGGCUGGAAACACAUGUCAAGACUUCUGUGGAACAAUUGCCCCCCCUUCGUCAAUCGCCCUUCAAUGGCCAGGUUCCUCCGCGCCCUGGACAUGCUCCUCUAUCUUCUUCAGAUACUGUGCCGCGCUAUUUGGAAGACCGAUAUCUGAACUUGUCUCAUUCGCAUUCUAACUUCCCAAAUACAACCAUCUAUGCGUCAUUUUUUGACGCGUCUCGUACACCUACUGCUCAAUCGACCAUCAGGUCUGGUAAUCCGCGGUUCAAGGAGAAGACCCUUUCGUGGGCUCACAGCAUAUAUGUUGAUCUUCUUGCGUUUCUCCACCAAUCAAAGAAAGAAAAUAGACAGUCGAGGCAAUCUCAUGGAUUUCGAACUUAUUCAAAGAACGGUAUAUAUCCUAAACCACCUCGUCAGCCCGCAUCUUACAUAGGAUCUCCACAAUGGGGCGGCUUUGAUGCGGAUGAAAGUGGUGGGACAAAUCCAAGGAGCCGUGUUGGAAGCUCGACAGUGAUUUCUGACCGUACUACAGGGAGUGAUAACCUCGCCGGCUGGCAAGGCGCACACGGUCAGCUGGAACCACGGCACCACGGGAGGUCUUCCAAUCAGGAAAUUCCACACUAUGUUUCACAGUUUCAAGCCGCUCAAACUCAUGCUAGCUCUCCCCUUAACAAAGCGAAGGAAGCUUUAGACAUGCUUACAAGCCUUUGCGAUCAAAGUGGAUGGUGUUGGAUUGAUGGGAUGCUGCUUGGGGGAUGUCUUGCGUAUGGCCUCGAGGAGUACCAGAAAGCGCUUGAUUGGUACUCCAAGAUCGUUGCAUUGGAUCCGAAGCAUGUCGAGGCAAUUUCGAAUCUAGCAGCGACAUUAUUGUGCUUGAACAGGCGAGAGGAGGCUGAACAUCAUUGGCUACAGUCCGUGAAGCUUCGUCCAAGCUACUUCGAGGCUGUUGAGCAUCUUAUUGGACUCCUCUGCGGCGAUCACCGAGGGAACGAAGCCGUCAAUAUUAUCGAAUUUGUUGAACGCUCUCUCCGGUUGCCAAGGUCUGAUGACUCCCAGGACUACUUCAGCGAGACGUCAAGCAAUGCCGAUCGUGAAUCAUGUGCAUCUUCAGAGACGGUUGCCCUCGACUACGAAGCUGAUGGCGACAGAAUAUUCAGAUCACCUCGAAGUCGGGAGAGUGAGGAUUAUUCCGCCCAAGCUGGCUUUGGAUCGAGUGGCUUCUCCGUGCCCGCCUCGGAAAAUGGACGUAUUCUCGCUCUUGUCCAUGCAAAAGGGAACAUGCUAUACGCUCUUGCAGAUGUUGAUGGCGCAUCGAAGGCCUUCGAAGACGCUGUCUUGAUCAGCACUGGCAGGAGCUUCCAUGGAAUCAAGGAUCUCAUUCGCAGAAUAAUCGAUGUGCUAUCUCUUGAUGGCAUUAAUCCCUUGCGCUCAGAUUUUCGUUCUCAGAGCACGAGAUCAACUCCACUUCUUCUUCCUCCGGACAAGGCCUUGCAGACUGCCAACCUCGUUUUUGCCAAAAACGGCGACCUUCCAGGCCUCCGCCACGUUCCCGAGGGCAUUGCCAAGAGAGCAGCCAUCUCAACAACAAGCAAUUCGCUCCUCUCUCUUGCGAAAAUAUUCCAAGAUGCUAUGUCGAACAGUAGCUCUAGACAGAGAAUCUCGAGGAUGCCUACAGGUGUUGGCGAUAUUCUAGCACUCUACUACCUAUCAUUGUCCUUGCAGCCAAGCCCGUCGACCGCUAACAAUGUGGGUAUAUUGCUGGCAGGCAUUCAGCAAGCUCCUGGACAUCGCCACCACGUGCACAGUGAAAGCUCUGCACAGCCUGCUAUUCCUGGCGUCGUCCCAGGGAGCGGAGUAGCUUUGGCUCUUGCAUAUUACAACUACGGCCUCAAUUUGGACUCAAGACACGCCCACAUCUACACGAACCUUGGCAGCCUUCUGAAAGACAUUGGACAGCUUGCUGCCGCUAUCACGAUGUAUGAAAAGGCCGUGUCCUGCGAUAGCUCAUUUGAUAUUGCUCUUGCGAACCUUGCCAAUGCGGUCAAGGACCAGGGGCGUACAAGUGAUGCCAUCGAAUAUUAUAGACGCGCAGUAGCAUCAAGCCCAGACUUCGCAGAGGCGGUGUGCGGUCUCGCGAAUGCCCUUAAUUCUGUGUGCGACUGGGCUGGACGAGGUGGAGUCAUACUUGACGGGAGUAAGCAGGACAGAUGGCAUGUGGACGAAACAGGAAUGAUCACGGAUGCCAGAUCAAAUGGCAUUGGUGGUGGUUGGAUGAAGCGGGUUGUCGACAUAGUCGCAAAACAACUUAAAGACGGCGCAACCUGGGGUCGUGGAACGCUGCAAAGCCCGGUUCUCCAUAACUUUCUUCACCAAUUGGAAGUCGCGGACUCUGGGGGCUUGUGGUCUCCAGAGAAAAGGACUAAUAUACAAGUAACGCUUGCUGGAUGGGCCGGUCAGCGCUGGGAAGGUGCCCGCAUCGUACGGAUAAUAGAGCGCGCCGUCAAACGAGCAAUGCAUCGAUGGUAUCAUGACAAGCAUGUCAAAAGGCGUGACCUCCCCUCAUCACUAUAUCCACGACCACUGCUUCCGAGCAGCCUCACUGUCCCGUCUGCGCCAACGGUCCUUCCCUUCCACACAUUUACUUGUCCUCUGUCGGCCAAGGAUAUACGCAUGAUCUCGCAACGAAAUGCCCUUAGGAUAUCUUGCUCCACGUUGCGGGCUCCCUGGAUGCAAGGGACAGUUUUCUCGCCGCCGCCGCCUCCUGCGCCACAUUUGAAUAUUGGAUACGUCUCGUCUGAUUUUAACAAUCACCCCUUGGCUCAUCUGAUGCAAUCUGUUUUUGGUCUCCAUGACCCAUCUCGAGCGAAAGCAUUUUGCUAUGCUACCACAGCUAGUGACAAUUCGGUCCACAGGCAGCAGAUCGAGCGCGAAGCGCCAGUAUUUCGCGACGCCAGUUCGUGGUCGGCGGACCGUUUAGUGCAGCAGAUCGUCGAAGAUGGCAUCCACAUCCUUGUUAAUCUUAAUGGAUAUACCCGAGGCGCAAGAAACGAAAUCUUCGCAGCUCGUCCAGCUCCCAUUCAGAUGUCUUUCAUGGGAUUUGCGGGGACACUUGGAGCUGAGUGGUGCGAUUACAUCUUGGCAGAUGAGACUGCGAUCCCCCCGGACACUUUGCGACCAUGGCGUCGGAAUCUUGAUCUUGAGGACCAACUACUGGAUCAGCAAUCUCACGAAGAAGAAGAUUGGAUUUACUCGGAGAACGUAAUAUUUUGCCGGGAUACCUUCUUCUGCUGUGACCAUGCCCAGUCAGAACCUCGUGAAAACCAACUAUCAUGGGACGAUGAGCAGUCCAGGAGAUGGAAAAUGAGAAAGGAACUAUUUCCGAGCCUCUCUGAUGACGCGAUAAUACUUGGAAACUUCAAUCAGUUAUACAAGAUUGAACCAACCACCUUUCGAACUUGGUUGAGAAUUUUGGACAAAGUCCCGAAAGCAAUUCUAUGGCUGCUUCGUUUCCCGGACUUAGGGGAGAGUAACCUGAAGCGUACCGCCCAAGAAUGGGCAGGGGAGAGCGUUGCAUCACGCAUCUGGUUCACGGACGUGGCUCCAAAGCACCAGCACAUUUCCCGCGCUCGAGUUUGCGACCUUUUUCUGGACACGCCCGAAUGCAAUGCCCACACAACAGCAGCGGAUGUUUUGUGGUCCAGCACGCCCCUCCUGACGCUCCCUCGCUACAAGUAUAAGAUGUGCUCUCGCAUGGCAGCGUCGAUUCUGAAGGGGGCUCUACCUAAGAGUGAAGAGGGCCGUCAGGCGGCCGCUGAGCUUAUUGCAAAAGACGAUGAUGAGUAUGAAGAAUUUGCAAUCAGACUUGCUAAUGAAUUUUCCUACAAGACCAAUCCUUCUGGUCGCGGGGAAGGCGUUGGGAGACUUGGCGAACUCCGUAAGAUCUUGUUCAACAGCCGCUGGACUUGUGCAUUGUUCGAUACGAAGAGAUGGGUUUCUGAUUUAGAGGCUGCUUACGGCGAGGCCUGGCGAAGGUGGGUAGCAAAUGAAGGGGGAGAUAUUUAUCUAUAA